AUGAAAGCAUUACUUGUAUGUUCGCUUUUCAUUGCCCUUCUUGGAUGUAGUUACGCAGCAUUUCAGUGCUACAAAUGUAACAAUUGUGGUACAUCAUGGGAUCCUAGUAAAGCCACUUUAGUUUUGACCGAAGGUGGAACAAAUUAUUGCGUUAAACGAGUUUCGGGUACCACAGUAAGCAAAGAUUAUAGUUCCACGUGUUCACAAGGUAAUGGUGUGUACUGCUGCCAAGAUAAUUUGUGUAAUUCAUCGAAUUCAAAUUCUUCGAUGAACUUUGCUAUGAUCGUUCUGUUUUCUAUUAUUGGUUUGGCCUUCAAAUAUUGA